CCAAAUUUUUCUUUUCUAGGAAAAAAUAAAAGAAAACCCAAGAGGAAAGAAAGAGCAAGGGAGAGCGAUAAAACUCGAGAGAGAGAGAGAGAAGAGGGGUCGUCUUCUACCUUUCAUUUUACCAAAAGUUGAAAACCCCAUAAACCCACUUGGAAAAGAGAAAAAAAGAACCGAUUCUCUAUCUAUCGUCACUCAUUCAAUUAACAAUCCACAGUUAGUACUCUCACGAUUGCAACAAGCAUGAGCCGAUACGACAGCCGCUCCGGCGACCCUACUUCCUAUCGUGACCGGAGAAGUGAUUCGGGUUUCGGUGGGGCAUUAGCAUAUGGUGGGUCUGGUCGGUCCUCAUCUGAAAGGCGGGAAUAUGACCGUGCUAUCUCACCAAGGAAAUCAGAUUUGGAUGGGUUGACUCCUUUUGAGAAGAAUUUUUAUGUGGAAUCUCCAUCAGUGGCGGCAAUGUCAGAGAGGGAGGUUGAAGAAUAUAGGCAACGGAGAGAAAUUACUGUAGAGGGUCGGGAUGUUCCAAAACCUGUCAAAAGUUUUCGUGACGUGGGUUUUCCAGAUUAUGUUUUAGAAGAAGUAACAAGGGCGGGCUUUGUUGAACCUACACCAAUACAAGCCCAAGGGUGGCCAAUGGCUUUGAAGGGCCGUGACCUCAUUGGUAUUGCUGAAACAGGAUCAGGAAAGACACUAGCUUACCUAUUGCCUGCAAUUGUCCAUGUCAAUGCCCAGCCAAUUUUAGCUCCUGGGGAUGGUCCAAUUGUACUAGUUUUAGCUCCCACACGUGAACUUGCUGUUCAGAUACAACAAGAAGCUACUAAAUUUGGUGCAUCAUCGAGAAUAAAAAAUACAUGCAUAUAUGGCGGGGUUCCAAAGGGACCCCAGGUGCGUGAUCUCCAGAAAGGUGUUGAAAUUGUAAUUGCUACGCCUGGAAGGUUGAUUGAUAUGUUGGAAUCACAUCAUACAAAUUUGAGAAGAGUUACUUAUCUGGUACUGGAUGAGGCAGAUCGGAUGCUAGAUAUGGGGUUUGACCCUCAGAUACGAAAAAUUGUUUCUCAGAUUCGCCCGGAUCGUCAAACUUUGUACUGGAGUGCAACUUGGCCUAAAGAGGUUGAACAACUAGCAAGGCAAUUUCUUUACAACCCAUACAAAGUGGUAAUAGGAUCUGCAGAUUUAAAAGCUAAUCAUGCAAUACGUCAACACGUUGACAUUGUUUCUGAGAAUCAAAAAUAUAACAAGCUGGUGAAGUUGCUGGAGGAUAUCAUGGAUGGUAGCCGAAUUCUUAUUUUUAUGGAUACCAAGAAAGGUUGUGACCAGAUCACCCGGCAGCUUCGUAUGGAUGGUUGGCCUGCUCUCUCAAUUCAUGGAGACAAAAGUCAAGCUGAAAGGGAUUGGGUACUCUCAGAGUUCAAAGCUGGCAAAAGUCCUAUAAUGACUGCAACAGAUGUUGCUGCUCGUGGACUAGAUGUGAAAGAUGUAAAGUUUGUAAUUAAUUAUGACUUUCCUGGGUCCCUUGAGGAUUAUGUUCAUCGUAUUGGUCGAACUGGAAGGGCUGGAGCCAAAGGAACUGCCUACACUUUCUUUACUGCUUCAAAUGCCAGAUUUGCAAAGGAACUUAUUUCAAUACUUGAGGAAGCUGGGCAAAAGGUUAGUCCAGAGCUGGCUGCAAUGGGUCGUGGUGCCCCUCCGCCUCCAUCAGGUUAUGGGGGUUUUCGAGAUCGUGGGAGAGGUUACGGUGGUGGCCGCUCUUGGAGCUAAUGGUGUUCAAGAGAAAACCUGUAUGACUGGAACAUAGAUGUCCUGCAAACCAACUUGUUCACUUGAUCAGUUUCUUUUCAUUUUAUUGCUUUGCCUGCCUAUAGAUUUGGCGGUUAGGUCUGUAAGCUAUUUCCUGGAAUGGUCUCCAGAACAUAUUAAAAUUUGUACUAUAUAGUGUUGAAGGUUUUUUUUUUUU